CUUUGCACUUUGAACACUAUUUGAAACUUUACGUAAAAUGUCACAAUGCUCAGCAGUCUAAUGAAUAGCCGCAAUGUUUCAAAUCCUUGAUUUCACAGGGUUGAGAUUAUUAUAUUUUAGCAGGGUGCGCAGACUUUCCUCAAAACCAUCAAAAGCAAUGGCCUCGCGUGUCAGAUCUGCAAUAUCGCUGAAUAAACGCAGUUACAGAGACAGACAUAACAGAAUCCUCCUAGAGGGGCUGCGCAUAGUCCAUGAUGCACUGCUUGCUAAUAUGGAGCCCAUUACAAUAUUUUACAGCAAUAAAAACUUGAUUGACAAGUUGACAUCAAAACUUCCCAGUCGGUACUUUGUACCUGUUGAUGAUAAGACAAUGAAGAAUUUGUCGACAGCUCUUACACCCCCAGGAAUUGUGGGUGUUUUUAAGAAACCUUGUUCACAAUUAAAGAUAAAAUCAAAUGUUCUUCCUCUUACUGUCAUAUGUGACAGAGUCAAAGACCCCUCUAAUCUAGGUACCAUUGUGCGGACCUGUGCUGCUGCUGGUUGCCAGGCCUUAAUAACCACCGAGUAUUCCACCGAUCUUUGGGACCCAAAGGUUCUGAGGGGUGGGGCUGGUGGGCACUUUAGAGUCCCUCUCUAUGGCUUGUUGUCAUGGAAGCAGAUUGCUGACAUGCUUGGUGACGAUACAAGACUAUAUCUAGCUGAGAGUGACAAUACAGGACAUAUAAAACCCCUGAAGCCAUAUUUUGAGGUUGACUGGACUUUAGGCCCCAGUGCUCUUAUUGUUGGAGGAGAAACCACAGGCAUCAGCACUGAGGCACAAAUGCUAGCCUGUGGGGAGAGGGGUCAGGCAGUGCACAUACCAAUGGUUGGGAAUUUAGAUAGUUUGAGUGCAGGAAUCUCAGUGGCUCUUAUUGUUUAUGAGGCCUUCAGACAAAUAAAUGGAUUAGUCUCCCAUAAAAAUGUCAAGGAUAAGAAUACUUGGCCAUAGCAGGCCCCUACCCAAUAAAAUUAUAAUCAAAUUA